AAGAUAUCUACUAUGUUAGGCAGUCAUUUUAACUAUCAAGCCUAUGUUGUUGGAUACAAUACAAUGAAAAGAGAAUAAGGAUAUAAUGAACGUUGAUCGAAUUACAGCAGCGACACAAUUUCUGGAAAAGAACACGACUGGAAAAAACGAAAAUGGGGCAAUCCUUUUCCCGUCGACGUAAAGCUAAAUGGCAUCCUAAAUCGUUCAAAAUAAAAAACUGCAAAAAUGUGACCAUACAUGUUAAUUCAAACAAGGGUAAAGAAAACUAUCAGACACAUGAUUUCUGCACUACAUGUCUAAAUGGAAAAAGGAAUAAAAGGCAAAAUGUUAAGCACAAACACAGAAAGUGUGCACACAACAGUCAGUUUUCAAUUUUGCAAGAUGAAAACUUAUAUGAUUAUGAUACUGAUAAGUUUUCAACAUCUGAUUUGUCAGCAAAGGAAUCACUCGACAAUAACUUACAAGCAAUACCAAUACUACAUCAAAGGAAUGUUGAAAAAAGAUCAUUGCAUCCAGUUCAGGUAAACACUGAAGACAAAAUACAAAUACAAGAAAAAUCAAACUUGGUAUUUGCAAAUGAACCAAGUUUUUGUUUUGGCUCAGAAGAUAUAUCUCUUACAACCUCAAGAGAUUCUGGUUAUAACGAUAACUCAUUGAACACUGAUUUAUAUGGUAUUCAUUCAGAUUAUUAUAUUCAGAAUCAAACAGAAGCUUCAUUUAUUGAGAGAAAUAAUGAUAGGUCUGACAUAAAUAGUAGGCCAUCAUUUGGGAAAAAAGAGAAUAGAGUUGAACACAUUGAUCAAUAUGAGGAUAAGAAUAUGAUUGAAGGCAAAAUAGCUUGCAAAGAAAAAUGCAGUAACCAUGACAAUCAUAGCGUAAGCAAACAAGAAAGCAGUCCUCCUAUUAAAAGAAGUUUGAGUAAUUUGGAAAGCAAAUCUCAUGAAAAUAACAACACAUGUAAACAAGAUGGCAAGACUCAUGAAAAUGGCAACGCGUGCAAACUAGAGAACAAGACCCAUGAAAAUGGCGAAGAAUGUAAACAAGAAAGUAAUACCAAUGAAAAUAUUGAUACAUGGAAACCAGAAAGCAUUACUCAUGAAGAUAGAAACACAGGGAGAACAGAAAGCAAGACUCAUGAAAGAAGCAACACAUGGAAAUCAGGAAGCAGAACUCAUGAAGAUAGCAAAACAUACAAACCUGAAAGCAAGACUCAUGAAGAUAGCAACGCAUGCAAACCGGAAAGCAACACUCAAGAAGAUAGGAAUGCAUGCAAACCGGAAAAUAAGAAUCGUGAAGAUAGCAAUGCGUGCCAACCGGAAAGCAAGAUUCAUGAAGGUAGCAAUGCAUGCAAACCAGAAAGCAAGAUUCAUGAAGAUAGCAAUGCAUGCCAACCGGAAAGAAAGAUUCAGAAAGGUAGCAAUGCAUGCCAACCAGAAAGCAAGAUUCAUGAAGAUAGCAAUGCAUGCAAACCGGAAAGCAAAAUUCAUGAAGAUAGCAAUGCAUUCAAACCGGAAAGCAAUAUUCAUGAAGAUAGCAAUGCAUGCCAACCGGAAAGCAAGAAUCGUGAAGAUAGCAAUGCAUGCAAACCGGAAAGCAAGACGCAUGAAGAUAGCAAUGCAUGCCAACCGGAAAGCAAGAUUCAUGAAGAUAGCAAUGCAUACACACUAAAUAGCAAGAAUCGUGAAGAUAGCAAUGCAUUCAAACCGGAAAGCAAGACUCAUGAAGAUAGCAAUGCAUGCCAACCGGAAAGCAAGAUUCAUGAAAAUAGCAAUGCAUGCCAACCAGAAAGCAAGAUUCAUGAAGAUAGCAAUGCAUGCCAACCAGAAAGCAAGACUCAUGAAGAUAGCAAUGCAUGCCAACCGGAAAGCAAGACUAAUGAAGAUAGCAAUGCAUACCUACUAGAAAGCAAGAUUCAUGAAGAUAGCUAUGCACGCCAACCAAAAAGCAAGAUUCAUGAAAAUAGAAACACAUGGAAAUCAGAAAGCAUUUCUCAUGAAGAUAAUGACACUUUGAAAUCAGGAAGCAAGGCUCAACGAAUUAGCGAUGAUAAUGAUGAUGAAAACAGAGCAUACAAAACAGAUGGAAAUAAAACAGUGCAUCAAAAAACUAGCUUCAAGGAUAAUAAGGGCAGAAGGCAAAAAACCUACUCCAAAAGGAAAAGAAAACAUAAUACUUGCUUAUUUUCUCAGAGAAGUAGCCAAUUGUCAUGUGGACAUGGGACAAAUAAAUUGCAGUCCUUGUCUUCAAGUUAUUCUGAAAAAGCUGACCAUGGAGUAAGUGUUCCUUCAGCACAAUUGAAACAGUUUUGCAAAAAUUGUAGGCACAAUUUGUUGAAUAUGAAUAAGAUGUGUGAUAAUCAUAAAGCUCAGAGAAAUCCUUAUCCAGAGGUUGACAAUGCGAAUACAGACAACAAGUUAAUUAAGAGUAAUUAUGACUCGGGUUUACCAAGUUCAGAGGAGCAUGAUUCAUGGUCAAGUUGGAAAUCACAGCUAAAUAAACUGUGCAAGCAAGAGUUAGACAUGAUUGUGCUAAAAGAUAUUGCAAGAAGAAUGUAUGUUGACCAUUUUACAAGUUACCAAGUCUUAGGUUUGAGAACUUACUUUGACAGAGUUAACACAGGCAUACCAUUAUCAGAAGAAGAGCAGCACCAAUUUGAAUGGUUGAGGUUCAUUUCCUUUAACCAUUAUCAGGGCAAUGGAAAUGGCAUUGUUUUGGCAAGAAAUGGAUUCUACCAUCAUCCAGAAGAUGGGCCGAACUCGACAAGAUGCUUUGCCUGUGGUUUUAAAUAUAACGAGUGGGAUAUGUUUGAUAAUGUUGAUGAAAUACAUAGAAAACGGUCUCCAAACUGUCCCCUUCUCCAUGGCAACAUUGGUGAGGGCACUCGUCGGAAUAUCUCCAUUGACUCUGACGAUGUUCCCCGACGGAGACCAGUCCAGCAGCAAACUGCAGUGACCGCUGAACCCACUGGAAGAAAUGUGCAGGACUCAGAACCUGUGAGGUCCACCUCAUCAUCAUUAUCAUCAUCAGCUGCUGCUGCAGCUACCUCCGGCGCUUCAUCUGUAUCCUCAGUUGCAGCUACCUCCACUGUAUCAUCUGCAGGCAGUUUCAUUCACAGUCAUCUCCCUUCUCAGUCCAGAAACCCAAUAGCUACCUCACUGACGCGUGUAAGUGGACUGGGAAAUUUUGGUCGUCCAGUUGCCACCACCACUCAGCCAGUUACCGUCCCCUCUUCAGCUAAACCCCAGUCUCUAUUUAGUGCCCCGUCAACUUCAGCAUCAGCAGUAGCUUCCUCUGCAUCGGCAUUUGGGGGUUUAGCUACCAGAGUAGCCGAUACUCACAUUAGCAGUGCAGAAGGAGACCAGCACAGUGGCUUUACAAGAAUGCAGCCAACCUCAGACCCGAACAACACAGACCGGAUGUACAACUUGAACCCGACCACUCAGAUACGUGGGAUGGGGAUGGUGGAUGAACCGUACAAUGAGAUAUCUGUACCACCACCUCAACAGGGCAUUAGAGUAUCUGGAAACCAUCCUCCAUCAUCUUUAUUUGGUGGUGGACCAGUCGGGGCAGGUGGUUUUACUACAGGUCAGCCCCAGAGCAUGCCAGUCAGUGGACAUACUCAGGUCAGCGAACUGCGUAGCUCUUCUGUCCCACUCGUCCAAGGUUUAUCAGGCUCCCCAGGGCUCACCCCUCACCAGAAGGCGAGACCACCCCCACCUUCCACACAGCAGGCACUAUCCUACCAGCAGAGGGGCCAGGGACUAGGAGGAGGUUCUGGUCCAGAGGGUGCCCCACCUGACCGGGCUCGUGGUACAGGAUUACCCGGUCUUGACCCAGAUCUCACCGCCGGAAUACACAUUGUAAGCCCACGCCACCCAGACUAUAACACCCUCACGUCUAGAAUCAACUCUUUCAGUGGAUGGCCUUCUCACCUUGAUCAGAACCCCCGGAUGAUGGGAGAGGCCGGAUUCUUCUAUGUUGGUAGGGGAGUGGCUGACUUUUGUCGAUGUUAUGCCUGUGGCGGAGGACUACGCAAUUGGCAACCAGGAGAUGACCCAGUUUUGGAGCAUGCUCGACGGUUUCCACAGUGUGAAUACAUCAUCAAGCUGAAGGGUCAAGCGUUCGUCACCGAGAUUCAGAGACAUGUCUCAAAUUUGUCGGCUUCAAACAGUACUCCAGCUGAAGCACCCAGGCUGUCCGACAACAACUCUCAAGACCCAUUUGACUGUGAGACUGGGCGACAGCUAAUGAGCAAUGACUUCCCCCAGGCCCGGACACGACGCGCCAUCAGGGCGCUCAGGAUAACACAUGGUCGUGACCCGACACCUGUUGAAGUAUUGGACUGGAUGUUGGAGGAUCAUACUGACCAUGAGCCAGGUCGGCCCCAGAGCAUGCCAGUCAGUGGACACACACAGGUCAGCGAACUGCGUAGCUCUUCUGUCCCACUUGUCCAAGGAUUAUCAACCUCCCCAGGGCUCACCCCUCACCAGGAGGCGAGACCACCCCCACCUUCCACACAGCAGGCACUAUCCUACCAGCAGAGGGGCCAGGGACUAGGAGGAGGUUCUGGUCCAGAGGGUGCCCCACCUGACCGGGCUCGUGGUACAGGCUUACCCGGUCUUGACCCAGAUUUCACCGCCGGAAUACACAUUGUAAGCCCACGCCACCCAGACUAUAACACCCUCACGUCUAGAAUCAACUCUUUCAGUGGAUGGCCUUCUCACCUUGAUCAGAACCCCCGGAUGAUGGGAGAGGCCGGAUUCUUCUAUGUUGGUACGGGAGUGGCUGACUUCUGUCGAUGUUAUGCCUGUGGUGGAGGACUACGCAAUUGGCAACCAGGAGAUGACCCAGUUUUGGAGCAUGCUCGACGGUUUCCACAGUGUGAAUACAUCAUCAAGCUGAAGGGUCAAGCGUUCGUCACCGAGAUUCAGAGACAUGUCUCAAAUUUGUCGGCUUCAAACAGUACUCCAGCUGAAGCACCCAGGCUGUCCGAGAACAACUCUCAAGACCCACUUGACUGUGAGACUGGGCGACAGCUAAUGAGCAUGGGCUUCCCCCAGGCUCGAACACGACGCGCCAUCAGGGCGCUCAGGAUAACACACGGUCGUGACCCCACACCUGAUGAAGUGUUGGACUGGAUGUUGGAGGAUCAUACUGACUCUGAGACAGAGGACUCAGAAAGUGCGACCCCAUCCGCUAUCUUGCAACCUACUAGCUCAAUUACCCAUUCUUCCACGACCACCACCACCACUACCUCCAACCUCACAACAGCCCCGACUGGUUCCAUCAAUGUCUCUGUCACUUCCUCUACCUCAUACUUUAGUAGAGGAGCCAGUCAGGAGAAUACAAAAAGGGAGGCUACUCCACCCACUGUUACCAAUCAAAGGGAGAUAAGUCCAUCCGGUGGUAAAAUAAGGGAGGCUAAUACGGGUGAAGGGAAAGAUUCGAGGAUGGAGGAUGAUGUACGGGUGGGAAAUUCUGAUAAACAAGAGCCAAAGAAUGGUGGUGGCAAGAAGAAAAAGAAAAAGAAGGGUAAGGGAGGUAAAUCUAACCAGGAGGUGGAGCCAGGGUUCACAGAAGGGGCCAGUGGAGGACCAGAGGAGGAGGAAAAUAAUGCUGAGAACAACUCUCAAGACCCACUUGACUGUGAGACUGGGCGACAGCUAAUGAGCAUGGGUUUCCCCCAGGCCCGGACACGACGCGCCAUCAGGGCGCUCAGGAGAAUCCACGGUCGUGACCCGACACCUGAUGAAGUGUUGGACUGGAUGUUGGAGGAUCAUACUGACCAUGAGCCAGAGGACUCAGAAAGUGCGAUCCCGGCCGUUACCUCACAACCUACUACAUCGAUCACCCAUUCUUCCACGACCACCACCACCACUAUCACAAAAAGGGAGGCUACUUCACCCACUUUUACCAAUCAAAGGGAGAUAAGUCCAUCCGGUGGUAAAAUAAGGGAGACUAAUACGGGUGAAGGGAAAGAUUCAAGGAGGGAGGAUGAUGUACGGGUGGGAAAUUCUGAUAAACAUGAGCCAAAUAAUGGUGGUGGUAAGAAGAAGAAGAAAAAGAAGGGUAAGGGAGGUAAAUCUAGCCAGGAGGUUGGGCCAGGGACCACAGAAGGGGCCAGUGGAGGUCCAGAGGAGGAGGAAAAUAAUGUAUCUCAAAACAACCGUCCAUCAGCUAUGUUUGGUGGUGGACCAGUCUGGGCGGAUGCUUUUACUGCAGAGCCAAAUAAUGGUGGUGGUAAGAAGAAGAAGAAAAAGAAGGGUAAGGGAGGUAAAUCCAGCCAGGAGGUGGGACCAGGGACCACAGAAGGGGCCAGUGGAGGACCAGAGGAGGAGGAAAAUAAUGGGCUCCACCCUCAACAGCAGACCAUUAUACCCCUACCUUCCACACAGAAUGCACCAGUCUACAAGCACAGUGCCCAGGGAUUAGAAGGAGGUUCUGGCCCAGGGGGUGCCCCGCCUGACCGGGCUCGUGGUUCAGGCUUACCUGACCCAGAUCUCAACGCAGAAUCUCCGUACAACCGUCCGUCACCUAUGAUUGGUGGCGAGUCAGUCGGGGCAUGUGCUGUUACUGCAGACGAUGGAACACAGAUACGACAAGAGAAUGAAAAGCUUCUCAAAAAACUUAAAUGCGGGAUAUGUAUGGAACGACAGGUGGGCACUACACUACUGCCCUGUGGUCAUUUGGUCACUUGUGACCGCUGCGCGAGUAGGCUUUCAAAAUGUCCAAUAUGUCGGACAAAAAUAAAAGGGUCCGUUAAGACUUUCAUGACCUGAUGUUGAAAGGCGCCAACUUCCCAAGGAGCUAGCCAGGAUUUAUUUUUCCAGUCAAGAUAACUUUAUUUCAACAGAAGCAGUACUUUUGUUUAAAAAAAGUAGUUUUACCAGACUUAAAAUGAUUGAGUUAAAUUUUUAAAACCUUUGUCAGUGACAGCUGAGUAUCCCCCCCCCCAACAAAAACGGCUGACAUAAAUGUUAUAAACUACUGUCAUUCAACAAAUCAAUAUACCAAUAGUCGCAUUAUAAUUCAACAACAUAUAUCAGCAAAUAGUUGUACAUCCCACUGAGUACUUUAACAACCUAUCAACAAGUAACGAGGCGGAGGGAGAUUCAGUAUAACGGUUACACUAUAUUCACUAUGUGUAUUUGUGAAGUUAUUCAAGAUCAGUAUAGGCAUUUGGACUCAUAGAUGCGCAAUUUGAUUACACUGUGAUGUCAUCACUAAUGAAGUCAAUAUCACUUAUAUGUCAUUCGUAUAGUACCUUGUGAAAUAAAGUUUAAAAAUAUGUAUGGCACUGUUUUCUCUUCAAUGUGACGUUAUUUUGAAGGCUAGAGAUGAUAGUUUGUAAAGCAUUUUUCAACUGACUCGCAAAAAAUACUC